AUGUUUAAUUUCUUGUCCAACUCCUUGAUUACGCAGGCCAGCUGUCAAGAGGGGGCUGGGUAUUUAAAACGAGCUGAUACCGAACGGCUUCGAGAAAUAUUUUUGAAAUAUGCUUCUGUAGAGAAAAAUGGAGAAAAGUACAUCCGUAGUGAAGACUUUGUUAGGAAAUUCCUUGGUCUCUUUGACGAAGAUGACUACAACAAAGAGUCAGUUCAGCUUAUCGCUGGCAUCGUCGACAUGGACAAGGAUGGGUUCAUCUCUUUCUCGGAGUUCCAGGCCUUCGAAGGGCUGUUGUGUGUCCCGGAUGCUCUAUACAAAACUGCCUUUCAACUCUUCGAUACCAAUGGGAACGGACUCGUCACUUUUGAGGAGUUUGCUGACGUCAUGCAAAAGACUGCUCUAUACAAGAAAUUGCCUUUCAACAUGGAGAGCACCUUCGUUCGCCUAUAUUUUGGAAAGGACAAAAAGCGUCUAGUGACAUACCCGGAGUUCAGUCAGUUCCUGCAUGACUUCCACGAGGAGUAUGGCGUGGAGGCUUUCAAGAAGCGCGACAUCAACGGCAGCGGGUUCAUCAGCGCUGGGGACUUCCGUGACAUCAUGCUCUCUGUUAAAAACCAUCUUCUCACCAAGGAGCUUAAAACUAAAGUUAUCGAGGCAUCAGGUUUCCCACAAGGCGAGAGAAAAAUCAGUUUCCCGUAUUACAUGGCUUUCAACUCUUUGCUUAAUAACAUGGAGCUUAUCAAACGAGUAUAUUUGAACGCAACGAACGGACAUCGAACCCAGGAGGUGACGAAGGAGGAGUUCCUUCACUCCGCACAGAUGAUGAGUCAGGUUACGCCGCUCGAAGUCGAUAUCCUUUUCACUUUGUGUGAUUUGAUACAUCACAGCAAUGGACGCAUCGUGUACAAUGACUUGAACGCGAUAACACCAGAACAAUACUUCAAGCAAGUCACGAGGCGUGUUGCUGAGAUCAAAGCAGUUUCGAGUCCAGAGGAGAGAGGUGUAUUUAUUCAGAUCUUGGAAAGCACUUACAGAUUCACUCUUGGUUCUUUUGCUGGUGCGUUGGGGGCCACAGCUGUUUACCCAAUUGACCUUGUAAAAACUCGGAUGCAGAACCAGCGUACCGGUUCAUUCAUUGGUGAAGUUGCAUACCGAAACUCCUGGGACUGUUUCAAGAAAGUAAUCCGACAUGAAGGAGUCUUUGGACUCUACAGAGGUCUGGUGCCUCAACUUAUUGGUGUCGCUCCGGAGAAGGCUAUAAAACUGACUAUGAAUGAUCUAGUUCGAGACAAAUGUAUGGAUAAGAAAGGAAACCUUACUCUGCCUGCUGAAAUUCUUGCCGGAGCUUGUGCUGGUGCGUCUCAAGUGGUAUUCACCAAUCCAUUGGAAAUCGUAAAGAUCCGUCUUCAAGUUGCGGGUGAAAUAGCUGGUGGCAGCAAAGUCAGAGCUUGGGCCGUAGUCAAAGAUUUGGGGCUCUUCGGCUUAUACAAGGGCGCUAAAGCGUGUCUUCUUCGCGAUGUUCCCUUCAGUGCUAUUUACUUCCCUGCGUAUGCGCAUUGCAAGGCGCACUUCGCUGACGAGAACGGUUAUAAUCACCCGUUGACGCUUUUAGCUGCGGGUGCUAUAGCUGGUGUUCCAGCGGCUUCUCUUGUAACGCCCGCUGACGUCAUCAAGACGCGACUUCAGGUGGUAGCUCGGUCCGGUCAAACGACCUACACCGGCGUUAUUGAUGCAACAAGGAAGAUUUGGGCCGAAGAAGGCGCUAGAGCUUUUUGGAAGGGAGCCGUGGCUCGAGUGUUCCGUUCAUCCCCUCAGUUCGCGGUGACGCUGGUCACAUAUGAAAUAUUGCAGCGUCUGUUCUACGUGGACUUUGGUGGAUCCCGACCUGCUGGAUCGGAGCUAACAGUUGCAACGCACGUGGAAGAGGCUAAGAAGAAACCACACCACAUCGGUGGCUACCAAGUGGCCACGCCUAUUCUAACGGGCCUAGAAACCAAAUUCGGAAUCUCCCUGCCGAGAUUCUCCUAUCCUAAGGCGCAGUAA